AUGAGUACGGGAGUUGAACAACAACAACAACAACAACAACAACAACAUCAACAAAAACCUCCAGUGAACAGACUUGUUCUAUUGUAUGGUGAACCCAAAUAUUAUCACACAAUCAUUCAACUCAAGGAGUUACGAGAACUCCCAAAUAAUUAUGUUUCCGUAAUAGAAGUCAACAAUAUUGAAAAUGUUUUGAAAGAGACAUCUAUUGCCUCGAUCAAGUUUGAUCAUUUUCAUAUAUGCAUCGAAUUUACUAAAGACGCUGAUUCGAAUUUAACCAAGAUAAACGAGUUUUUAAAAGCGCACUCUGAUAUGCUUGCAGAGGUGGGCGAUAUUGGGUAUCAUGUACAUUUUCAACCUGGUAAAGAAUGGAGUCAGUACUCGAAGAAAGAGCUCGACGAGUAUAAUACUUUUUUGCAAACAUUGAAAGAAGUAGCUGGUGAUAAAGUCACGCAUUGCUCAGUAGUUAGCAAAUAUGAUAUGGAUACAAUCAGCAUAACUGAAAAAAAUCAAAUAGAGCAAUUGAAAAAUCAGAUUCAGCUGGAUAUUGUCAAUUGGAAGAAUUUGAGGACGUUGGACUAUACCGAGAGUAGUCUUCGGCUGUUUCCAGAUAUACUUUUGCCACAGAAUUUGGAAAUCUUGAAUAUUGGAGGUGGAUACGCGCUAAGCACUUUAACAGGAUUUCAUAUGCCAAAAAAUUUAAAAGUACUUGUUGCUGGCCAAGGUGCAUUAUCUACACUUAACGAUGUUGUGUUCCCGAAUAAGCUUGAGAGGCUUGAAUUGCAGGAGAACAAGUUAUAUUUUCUCGAGAACAACCUAUUUCCUGAAUCAUUAAAACAUUUGGACGUGUCCCUCAAUCGUCUCGAAGACGCAUGGAAUAUCAAUUGGCCCAAACACUUGGAAUCUUUGAAUCUUGGGUUCAAUCCAAUCGAGAGCAUGAGAGGUGCAAAAUUGCCCAUGCAUUUGAAAUAUUUGGAGCUUUCCAAUUUGCCGUGUGACUCAAUGGCUGGAGUCAAGUUUCCCGACCUGCUUGAAGUACUUAAUCUCCAGUCGUCAAUGACAAAUGCACGCGGGCUCAAAUUGCCUCCAAAUAUUCGAGUUUUGGUGCUUACAGGAAACGGAAUCAAUAGCAUCAAUCCAUUGAAACUACCGAGCACGAUCGAGGUUUUAUAUCUAAACCAGAACAAUAUAAAGACUUUAAACAAGGUGGUACUACCACCAAAGCUACGCGAGCUAUACCUCGGUGAUAAUCAGUUGACCACACUAAAGAAUGUAGUGUUCCCCGAAACGCUCGAAGUUCUUGAUCUUGAGAAUGACCCUGACUAUUUUGAAAACGAAAAGCAAAUAAUUACCCUUCGAGAUAUCAUAUUGCCGCCAAAUUUGAAAGUCCUCAAGAUGGGUUAUCAAGGAGUUCGAAUAUUGGAAAACUAUGAGUUUCCCCAGAAUUUGCGUCAUCUUGGCCUUGCUUACAACGAGCUCAAAUUUGUGAGGAACUUAAAAUUUGGAAAUCAGUUGAAAUUACUUGACUUGAGCGGUAACCCAGAGCUAUUAUCACUUGAGAAUGUUCAUUUACCAGACUCGGUAACAGAGCUUCGAGUAUCUCCUGUGCUCAUACCAAAUCUCCCAGCUUCUGUUGUAGAGAGAGCAAACAAGAACAGUUUAAUAAUUAAAAAAACCGUCGAAGUAGCCAACUAA